UGGGUGGGGCAGAACAAUGUCAGUCAAUGACCUUUCUCUCUCUCUCUCCCUCUCUCUCUCUCUCUCGCCCUUAACAAAUUUCUCUUUCUCUCUUCAACUCUUCCCACGCUCUUCUUCUCCAGAAAAAAAAUGAACGAUCCGACCGCGACGCACACACCCUCCGCGUACGGAGGCGACGCCGACGACGAGGUUUACAUAGAGGCUUGGAUUAUUGGGUUAUGUCUUGCGUUGCUCUGGACCUCUGGUUUCUGGGCUCGAAAAUCCACAAACGUAUCAUCGAGAACAACACUCCCGGUCCCGGCGAUGCCGACGACGAGGAUUACGGGACGGACAUUUCCGAUUCGGUUAGGGCGGUGGAAAAGCUCCUCGACUACUCAUUCAAAGGAAAGAGGUUACUGGAGGAGGCCCUGACUCACUCCUCCUGCACUGAUUCGGCGUCGUACCAGCGGCUCGAGUGGCUCGGCGACUCCGCCUUGGGCCUCGCCGUAUCCAAUUUCUUGUUCUCUGCUCACCCUGACCUCCAACCCGGCCAACUCUCUCUCCUCCGCUCUGCCAAUACCAGUACUGAGAAGCUUGCUAGAGCUGCUGUUCGCUGCCGCCUCCACUGUUACUUCCGACACGACGCCACCGCUCUUGAUGGGCAGGUGAGAGAAUUUGCAUUGGCAGUUCAAAAGGAGGAUGACACGGUUGUGCAUGAAGGGGUGGUGAAAGCACCGAAGGUUCUGGCUGACAUUGUUGAAUCUGUGGCUGGGGCUGUUUAUGUUGAUUGUAAACUUGAUCUGCAUGUUUUCUGGGCGAUCUUUAGAAGACUAUUGGAGCCCAUUGUUGAUCCUGAAACUCUCUGGAAACAACCACAUCCAGUGACUUUGCUUCAUGAAUUGUGCCAGAAAGACGGCAGGAAAGUGGAUUUCAAGUUUAGAGAAGAGGAAAAGGACAAUGCAGUUUACGUGGAUGGGGAAUUAAUUGCCUCAGCAUCUUCCGAGAUACAGGCAGCCAGGGCAGCUUUGAAGAAGUUAUGCUUGUAUGAAUGCAAUUGCAAAAUGGACGUUGAUUAUAGUUGUAUCUAUGGAACAACAGAGAUUGAAGGAGCGAAGGAGAAAUUACACACGAUUUGUGGAAAGAAGAGAUGGCCAAAACCAUAUUAUGGAAAUGUGAAAGAGUCUGGCCCUUUUCAUGAGAGGAUAUAUGUUCGUUCAGUUGAGAUCAAAACUGCAGAGAAUGUGUUGUAUAACCUGUGUGUGGAAGGAGAUGAAAAGUCGAGAGUUAGAGAUGCUGAUAAUUCUGCUGCUUCGUUGAUGAUUCGGAGAUUACAAGCAUUGAAGAAAAUUUAAGUUUUCGUGUUCGGUCUGGUCCGGUUGUGGUGUGAUCAGUUGGAUUGUCAAUUAUGUCUAAUCCUCUUGCAUUUUCUUUCUCCUCUUGUUCCAGGUUUCCCUGUAGAGACCCUGAAAAGUAUUACAAGUUGUAUUUUACACAAGCACUUAACAUGAUCAAGAUACAUGCUAAUAGAGAGAUUCAUUAUCCUUUGGCUUGGUUAA